AACAAAGGAGCCCGCAGUUGAACGGCAGCGACCCAGCCGAGGGUGACGUCACUGGAUGAUCUGGACUCCACAAACGCGACCUUAAAGGCCACUCUGAAGCGAAUGAAGAAACAACUUAUCUUUCACUUCACAUACAGAGGACUUCUAACCAGAGGAAAAAAGAGUAAAAGAAGAAAAUGGAGUAUAAAUUACGGAAAGCUGAGCCCAAAGACGUGUCUGAUAUACUCCGGCUGGUGAAGGAGCUUGCAAAGUACGAAGAGAUGGAGCACCAGGUGACACUGACUGAAAAGGAACUCCUUGAGGAUGGAUUUGGUGACACCCCGUUUUACCAUUGCUUUAUAGCGGAAAUCCAAGGAGAGACCAGCAGUGACGAUCCGAAGGUGGUGGGCUUCGUCAUGUACUACUUCACUUAUGACCCCUGGGUCGGCAAACAGCUCUACCUGGAGGAGUUCUACGUGAUGGACGAGUACAGAGGGCUGGGCAUCGGAUCGGAGCUCCUGCGUCACCUCAGUGACCUGGCGAUGAAGACCCGCUGCACCGGCAUGAUGUUCGUGGUGGCGGAGAACAACGAGCCGUCGGUCCAGUACUACAAGCGUCGCGGCGCCGAGGAUCUCUCCCAGGAGGAAGGGUGGAGGCUCUUCAGGUUCGACAAGAGCAGCCUGGUCAAGAUGGGCACUCCGUCCGAGGAAUGAGGGAGCUCCAAGGACACCAGAGGGAGAGGAGGAGGAGACGCAGGAGUCUGAGCCGAUCCGGAGAGCCGGGCUGCUUUUUCUGACGAGUCAUGUUUUUGAAUCUGAUGUUGACGCCACUUUACCCUCUCAGUCACGUUUGAGAGGACGCGGUGGCGGCGCCGAAGCAGCCGGCUCGGAGGAAUCGGGUCAUCCUCACUGCGUCUCCGUCUCCAGUCAGACGACAGAAGUUCAGCUUUUUAAAAAGGGGAAUUGUUGUAUUGUAGUUGUUUGUAGUUCAUAAUCUUUAGUCUAUAUGUUUGUUAUAACCUUUUAAUUCUAUAGCAGUGUUGAUGCAUUUCAUGUAAGAGUAAAUAUGAGUUAAGUUUGCAAUAAAACUAACUUCUCACACAUGCCCUUGUGCUCUCUUCUU